AUCAUUAUCCGGUUAAAUCUUCUCUUUCUUCUCGCUGUCGACAUUCUUAUCAAAAAUCAACAGACGAUGAAAUGUGACGCGAUGCCGUAAAAAUAGCACGCCUCCUUCCAGAAGUCGCAAGCGUGCGCAUGCGUAGUAGCGGAAGUUACAUUUUCGGUAGGUGUAACAUUUUCGGUAGUGACAGUGACAACAGUCAACAGGCUAAUCAGGAAGCAUAGUAAAAUUUAGUAUGGUGUGCACAUGCGCGAAGAUAGCUCGCACGUCUGCGCGUGCGCACUGCAAAACGAGGAGGAGCAGCCUUUAGUGUUUUUGUUUGUCAUUUGCCUUCUAAGUUUGCGUUGUCAUUGAGUGUCAUGUUGGCUACUAGGUAGUAAUUUAGCAAAUAGGAGGCCGUACAUUCCGAGUCGUUCACGAACGAUUAAAAGACCAUUUUUUACAACGAUAAUGAUCCCUACUCUAAUAAAUACCUUUUCAAACUGUUCAUUGAUUUUCAUGAAAACCACUAGUAAGUUCUCGAAAUGCAUUCGCGUGAGGUAUCAGCACAGUUUGUACGAUAUGGCAAUCAUAGGUGGUGGAAUUGUUGGCCUGGCAGCAGCAAGGGAGCUUAUCCUUAGACAUCCUACACUAAGCUUUGUACUGCUGGAAAAAGAAAAAGAACUUGCUCUACAUCAGAGUGGACACAACAGUGGAGUAAUCCAUAGUGGUAUUUACUACACCCCUGGUUCCCUGAAGGCCAAACUGUGUGUGCGGGGUGCCACACUUACUUAUGAAUACUGUGAAAAGAAUGGCAUCCCCUAUAAAAGGUGUGGCAAGCUGAUUGUAGCAGUAGAGAGGGAAGAGAUUCCAAGACUAAAGGCCCUCUAUGAGCGUGGCCAAAGCAACAAUGUGCGAGACCUCUGCAUAAUUGAUGCUAAAGGAAUUAGGGAACGAGAACCCUACUGCAGGGGGCUAAUGGCUAUUGAUUCACCCUACACUGGCAUUGUGGAUUGGCAUCUGGUGUCUCUUACCUAUGGAAGAGAUUUCCAAGCAGCAGGUGGUACUGUAAUUACAGAAUUUGAGGCUGCUGCAAUUUCAUCUGUGCCUGAGAGCCCAGCUGGCGAUACCAGUGGUAUUAAAUUUCCUAUAUCAGUUAAAAGUUUAAAGGGGGAUGAAGUACAGUGUCGUUAUGUAUUGACCUGCGGGGGUCUUUACUCUGAUCGUCUGUCUGAAAUCUCUGGCUGCAGUCCUGAGCCUCGCAUCGUCCCAUUCAGAGGGGACUAUCUGGUCCUGAAGCCAGAGAAACAUUACCUUGUCAGAGGCAACAUUUACCCUGUACCUGAUCCUCGUUUCCCCUUUCUUGGGGUUCAUUUCACCCCUCGAAUGGAUGGCAGUGUGUGGCUUGGACCCAAUGCUCUUUUAGCCUUCAAACGUGAGGGCUAUAGGCCCUUUGACUUUGACCUCUGGGAUUCAAUAGAUGCUCUGUCUUACAGGUACUCACAUUUAUGUUAUUUAGACAUCCUCACACAUACAGUAAAAACUCGGAUUGCAAGCAUAAUUCAUUUUGGAAACAUGCUCGUAAUCCAAAGCACUCGUAUAUCAAAGUGAAUUUUCCCAUUAGAGAUAAUGGAAACUCAGAUGAUUCGUUCCACAACCCAAACAUAUUCAUAUA